UUAGACCACAGUCAUUUGUUACUGAGACGCUCAGAGGAGAGCAUGACUUGCAUUCACACAUCAAGACUAUAUUUUGGACUUUUGUUCUUAUUUCUGUCCUUUCAACGAUGCUGUUCAGCAGCUGAUCUGAAUGUGCAGUGCACGAUUAUCAACGCUGAGUAUGUGGAGUGCUUCUGGCACCCAAACACAUCAACAGCGAACUACACCUUCAGCAGUCAAUUUUUAGAUGUUUUCCAAGACUGUCCAGAAUACAUAAUGAAGCACAAUUACACUGUAGGCUGCAGAACUCCUCUCAAAGACCAUGAUCAGAGGUUUGAUAGAUUUAGUACAAAUGUAUCCACUGAGAGAAACCACACUAUUUCAAAAACUUUUGAAUCCCUCAAGAGAAAAGUGCAGCUAAACCCACCCUGUAACCUCUCAGUGAAGUGGAACGAGCAGGAGGGCACACUUUUACUGUACUGGAACAGUAGUACCCCUCUCAAAGAAACCUGUGUAGUCUAUAUGGUGCGCAACCAGAAAGACAUAAGCCAGACCACAAACGUGACUGGAAAGUCCUACAGUCUGUCUCAGGUCUCACAGAACAAGCCCUAUGUUUUCCAAGUGCGGAGCACUGUUUCUAAUAUCUGCGGUGGUUCAGACCUCUGGAGUAACUGGAGCGAUCCAAUAAAGUGGGGCAGUACUGGGAACAUCAGCAGACAAGGCUGGUGGGAUGGGUUGUAUGGGAUUCUGGCAUUGCUUCUGCUGCUUCCACUGUGUUUGUUGUUGUGCUAUUGUGAGAGGAAAAGGAUCAUUUUACUUCCAGUCGUGCCUGACCCUAGCAAGAACCUGCAGGAUUUGUUUCAUAAACAUGAUGGAAAUGUUGAGAGCUGGGUUCACAUCUCUAGAGAGCUGAAGGAAGCCUUUGAGCCUGACUACACAGAGCCGUCAUGUGACGUGUGUGAGGUUGUGCCCUCUUGUGACACUGGUCCCACAAGUGUGGUCAGUCCUGAUGCUCAAACUGACAACUGUGAUGAACCAAGUGCUGAAGAAGAGCAUGCAAAUGAACCACGCACUGAAGAAGAGAGUGCAGAUGAACAAGGUGCUGAAGAAGAGUAUGCAGAUAAACCAGGCGCUGAAGAAGAGCGUGCAGAUGAACCAAACACUGAAGAGCCUGCAGAACCACAGACCUCAUAAGCCAAAGUGGCGUUAACCAUUCUUACUGAACAUGUUCAUGUGCUACAUUUUAAUGUUUUCUGUUGCACAUUUAUUUUACCUCAUUCAUAUCUAAUUUUAUGCAAGUUUGUGUAUAAGAAAAAUAAAAAAUGUAGUUGCUGACAUUUCUCAAUCAAUGCAGUGUACUCAAAAGUUUAGCGUUGUGUUGACCAAGGCUGCUUUUAUUUGUUCGAAAUACAAUACAAAAUGGUAAUAUUGUAAAAUAUAAUAACAAUAAGUGUUUUUUUUAAUUUUUUAAAAGUUUGCUUAAUAUUUUGUGGAAACCAUGAUAUUUUUUUUUUUUUUUUUUUUUUUUUUUGGUCAGGAGUCAUUGAUAAAUAAGAACUUCAACAUUUUUGGAAUGACAUUUAUAAGAAAUCUAAAUCUUUAACAUUGUUUUAAGUGUCUCUACCAUAAGUGUUGAUUAAUUUAUUGUGUCCUUGCUAAAUA